AUGCGGCGGGCGGAGGUCGUAACAAUUCUUGCGAGCAUCGUGGUAGCUGUCGAGGUGAAUGGGGGCGCAGCUGGGUUCGGCGGGGGGCGAGAGCGCCAGCCCGAGCCCAACCGAGGCCGGACGCGUGACCACCGUCACGUCACACUUUUGUUCUUGACCAUGUCGUCGCCCCUCCUCAGGCAGGCCUCCCUCGCCGCUCGCUCGGUCUCGCGCUCCUGCGCCUUCUCGACCUCUGCGGUCGCGCGCAAAGACUUUGUCCAGGACCUGUACAUCAAGGAGCUGAAGGCAUACAAGCCCCCUGCGCCGGUGAAGGACGCACACGUCGGAGCUGUCAAGUCGUACUCAAUCCCUGCCGCGCCGCAACCUCCGACUCUUCCCGCCGACCUCGCCGCUGAGCUCUCAGCAUACGACGCGGUGGAGCCUGUAGUGACUGGCCAGACCGCUAGUGCUACGCACUCGCCCGAGACGUUGGUGACCGGUGCGGACACCUUCCUGGCUUUCCUAGAGGCGGAUGAGCCCAAGGCAGAGUCGGCGCACCACUAGAGCACAGUGCAUAAUUUUAUACUGUGAAAAUGGAAUCUUCUUCUGCUG